AUGUCUCCUGAAUUCAUUCAGACGGACGAAACGGUCCUUCGCGGGCCACAAAGAACCGAGUUUGAUUUUGGGGAUUUCGAUCACUCCAAAAUCCCCCUGGAAGAUGAAGCGCACUCAGUGAUUAUCAUUGGGUCAAGCAUGGUGGGGAUGACCCUUGGAAUCCUACUCGGAUCUCUCGGCAUCAAGUCAACCGCAUUUGACCGUCAUCCAUCCACCGCAACUCACCCCCGUGCAGCUCUCUUCCUCCUCCGCACAAUGGAAAUCUUCCGCCAGUUAGAUUUGGAGCAUGAAAUGCAGGCUGCAAGCGCAUCGAACUUUGACCUGGACGCCGGCAUGCUUCUUGUAGAGCGAUUGAUCGGUGGUAACGUCCUCAUGAAAAUGCAAGAGGCUGACCCGGAGGAAACGGGCAAGAUCACGCCGUGCAAGCGGAUAUGGCUGACUCAAAACAUGUUUGAGCCCUUGCUCCGAAGAGAAGCCCACCGCUUUGGUGCGCAGCAGGUAUUCUCUACAAGGGUAGUUCACUAUGAGGAGCAAGAUGAUGGAGUGAUCGUUGUGACCCAGGAUAUAGCUACCGGAGACUACAAGAAGUAUAAGGCAAAGUACCUUGUGGCCUGUGAUGGCAAUCGGAGCCCAACGCGCAGGCGAGAAGGGAUUGAGUGGAGGGGGCCAGGAACGUUUGGGAAUAACGUUUCGAUCAACUUCAGAGCGGACUUGACUCCUUAUCUCGGAUCACGAGCAAUCCAUGGUGUAACCUACAUCGUCAACGAAGAGAUCAGCGGUGGGUUCCGCUUAGAGAAUGGGGGUAAACGCGGGUUUAUGAUUCUCAAUCGACUAAGGGACAAACACAACUUCGAACCGGAUUCGAUCACGGAGAAGGAUGCUCGAGAUGCUUUCUUCGCCGCUUCGGGGAUUGAAGAUGACAUAUCUCUCGUGAUUGAAUCCGUCUCGUACUGGAGUGUGGCAGCGCUGAACUGCGAACGUUACGCAAGCAGAGGGGGUCGGGUCUUCUUAGCCGGAGACGCCGCCCAUAUCAUGCCACCAACUGGCGGCAUGGGCGGAAAUACUGGCAUUCAGGAUGCAUAUAAUCUGGCGUGGAAAUUGGCGUACGUUCUCACGGGGAAGGCGUCUCCAGCGCUCCUGACAACCUACAGCACUGAGAGGCAACCUGCUGCCGAAAGAACAAUGCAGCAAGCAUUCGCUCGGUUAGUUAAUCGGGUUCUCGAGGAUAAGUCCGUGCCCCAUGAAGCGGAGAUACCAGACGACAAGUGCGAACUAGGUUAUCGUUAUCGAGCUGGUGCAUUCGUCUUCCCUCAGGGACACGACGCUGAAAAGACGUGGGAUGAGCCUCAUGCUCCCAGCGUGCAGGCUGGUACACGGCUGCCUCACGUAAAUCUACUUGACCGAUCCAAAAAUGACAAGAUGAUUUCAACCCUGGAUCUUAUUCGCACGAGCUUUGUCCUGCUCACUGGAGAUCCCUCGUCGCCUUGGCUUUCAGCUGCUGCCGCACAGCCUGUGCCUGUCGCUGCGUACGCUAUAUCAGAGCACUCCUACCCACUAUGUGAUCCCGCUGCUAGGCUCAGAAGCGUAUGCAAAUUUGGCAGUGGUGAAGCCAUCUUGGUUCGGCCUGAUGGUCUGAUUGCUUGGAGAGGGACCCUUCCAUCAGAUGAUCACCCCUCAAGAGUCCUUGCGAGUCUACUGGAUCAGAUACUGGCAAAACAGGGCAAAUAGUGAUAGGUUGUAUUGGAGAAAGCUUGUUUGCUUGGUCAGAUGUUAUUAGGUGCCUCAUUCUUCCCUGGUUGUUCCUAGUGCCCCCCGCCCCAUUCCCCCAGGGUUAGACCUAAAUAAGGCCACGUAUCCUUAAGCUCUAUUAUGCUGUAUAUAAAGCUAAGUUUUAUUACGUACCUGUUUUUUUUAUCAUACAGGCAUGAUUAAACUGUGUUAACUCACAGGUUAGGGCAGGUUUUGGCUAGUUAACCCAGGAAUACAGAUCCUAUUUAGAU